UUUUCUUUGACUAUUUAGUUUUCUUUGAUGUUUUUAUGUAGUUGUAUUAGUGACCUCAGGUUGAGGACAUAGUGAAUAACUUUCAUAAUCCACCUGCUGCUGUCUAACAGGCUGUGUGUGUGUGUGUGUGUGUGUGUUAACAGGCUGUGGACAGACUAAAAGACAGAAGUGGAUCUUUGCUGCUGUCGCUUUCACUUCCUCCUCAGCUUGUUUGACAGCUCCUCUUCCUCUUCCUCAUUCCAGUGUGAAGGCCUCUGACGGCGGGUCGGUCAUGAAGGACGGUAACGUUAACCGGACAGAAGAACAGGCGGAGGUUUCCCGCCAGCAGCUUUAUGAGCAUUAUGUCAACUCUUACCUCCAGCUGUGUCCAGAGGUUCGGCCGUGCCGCGACGCCUGGCUGCUGGAGAAUGCGGCUCAGUAUCUGAUGAGGGACCCAGAACCAGAACCCGGAGCCGGACCCGGAGGGACCUUCACCGUAUUCCCGCUCUACCAGGCUGUCACACACCGCUGGAGCACCCUGAGCUCGGACUGCUGCAAACAUCUGGCUGCUGUUAUCAGAGCCGCCGAACAGCUGGAAACUAUCUGCGUCAACCUGUUCCUCCAACCCUGGAGGAAGGAGAUCAGGACACUCAAGACAUUUACAGGUCCAUUUGUUUACUGUCUCCUGCCAGUUCUCAGCAGUUCAACCAUUCAGUCAGUCCUGGCCUCUAUCGGCUACCUGCUCCACACUGACACUCCUCAAAGUGAAUACAGACUGAGUGAGGAGGCUAACCCAGACAGAGCCAUGCUGCUGGGCUUUGAGCUGCUGCUGGCCAGGGUGGAGUGUUCCCACCUCCUGGAGCUACUGGAGAAAGAUCAUCUGGGACCACAGGAGCUGCUGCAGGUUCUCCAGAGGAAAGUGGGGCCUACAAACCUGGAAGAACCCACAGAAAAGAAGACAACAAUAGGGCAAAAGGAAGAGGAGGAGGAGAAGAAGAAGAAGAAGAAGAAGAAGGAAGAGGCAGAUAGAAAAGAGGUACCUCCGUAUUCGGACACCAGACUGUCAGGGAAACCCCGGCCCAAGCCUCGAGCCCGCCAUCCCAUCGGCGUAGACCAGUCCAUCAUGGAGAUGCAGAUGACCUACCCUGACCUGGCCUUCAGGGGCCGCCCUCUGGUACGGGACAAACCUCACCGGAAGAGCAGCCGCAAGAGCAGCAGUACCGAUGUUCAUCCUAGCAGCCAUACAGAUGUUCAUCCUAGCAGCAGUACAGAUGUUCAUCAUAGCAGUAGUACAGAUGUUCAUCCUAGCAGCAGUACAGAUGUUCAUCCUAGCAGCCAUACAGAUGUUCAUCAUAGCAGCAGUACAGAUGUUCAUCCUAGCAGCAGUACAGAUGUUCAUCCUAGCUGCACUAAUAAUUACAGUGAUGGCAGUAAAGCUGCUGAGCUCCCCAACAGAGAUUGUACUAAUGGCCGCAAAAACGAUGGCAGCAAAGCUGAUGAAGUGUUUGGUGGCGGUGGGUGUAAUGACAGCGCUCCAGGAGACACCGUUAGAGCUGAUGAUGAGCUCAGUGGUCCUCAGGACAUCUCCCUGCACAUCACACUGAGGACUAGAUCCACAGCAGAGCUCAGCCUGAAGCCUGGAGAGCCUCAGCCCACCGCAGAGCCUCCGGACUGGACCCAGCAGCACACUGGAGCAGAUUUACAUGAUAACAUCGGCGUGGCCAACCCAAAGCUUCCCUCUCUGAGCUCCAUGGACGAGGUGCAGGAGCUAAGAGAGCUGGCAGAGAGGAUGGGCCAGCUCCAUGUGCAGGACACCAAAGAGGAGGUGAAGAUGGAAGAGGACAACACAAAGAAAGAGAGGAGGAAGAAAGAGAGAAAGGCCAGCACAGAGGAACAGACAGGUCGAGGUCCGAGCCAUGCUGCCGGUAGAUGCAGCAGAUCCUCUCAGUGUGAUCCAGCGGUGGAGACUGUGUGUCACCUCUUACCGCUGGCCGGCAGUCCAACAGAAUACCAGAGCUGUAGAGGAGGAGACGGCACUGGGCAGCAGGACGGAGACCAUACUGUGAGAGGAGAGGACGAGCAGCUGGCACACAGCUUCGUUCUAGUCGAGCAUCACAAAAAAUAAAAUGCUCUCAAGUUAAAUUUAUUAAUAACAGAACUCCUGAGCUGGUAUCAGUCUGUAGGCCACCAUUUAACAGCAGCACACCUUUAAAAGAGCACAACAAGAUUUGAAUGUUUGAAAUCUGCUCGACCUACUUUCAAGAGUUUCUUCAGCUGCUCUGGCUGCAUAGUGACACGUAUUGGACACAUAACAGGACACACCCAUAUAUAGCUGUUAGGUUGCCGUUACUCUGACCCUGUAGUCUCUCCAGAUACAAACAGAUACAGAAAUCCUGUUUAUUAGCUGAAAUAAUAUGAAUAAUAUUGGACUUCUUUUAGCAGCCACAGUUUUUUUUGACACUUCUGUAGUUCUUUUCCACAUGUGGAAGUUAUUGUAGCUGUCAGAAAUUUAAAUAAUAAUAAUAGAAAGAAUAAUUUCUAAAUAAAAUACCACUAGAAGGCUGCUUAUAAUGAUAUGAUGUGAACACAACAUUAGCCUAAUUUCCUUUUCCCACAGGUGUAUUUAUAUGCAGUACAGUUUGUAUAUUAUAUGCAGUUUAGUUGUAUAUGCAGUGUAACUCUGAAGAGGUGCAGUUGUAGAUGAUGUUUCUAAACCGACUGUAAUUAAACAUGUAGGCCUGUUUACUCCAGUUCACAUUGUUGUGGAAUUUCUGAUCCUCAGGUUAACUCAGUAGGAAGGAAGAGGCCCGGAGCUGUUGAUGUCUGACACAGAAAGUUUAUUGAAGCUUGAUUAAGGAGAAUUGUCAGGUGAUGUGUACCAGUGAUGUGCUCUCUGCGUGAAGACCUCACAACUCUCCCUUUCUCCUGGCGCUCAGUGUUUUAUCCUCAUCAUGUUUUGACUUACGAGAUUCCUCUGGCAUCUCUGACCCUGGUUGCCCCGGUGACUGGCUCUAUGGUCCCUACUACAGACACAGCUGUACAGAUAACGGUGGCGCCCCACGGCAGGAAUCCAACCCAGUGAUGUCAACCCGAGAGACACUGUGACCUUCCGACCAAGGAGAGAGGAAUAGAUAGAAAAUUCCAUCACACACAUGUUUAAUGUUAGUCUGUGUAAUGAAACACCUGUCAGCUAAUGGAGCAGAUCAGAUGAACAACUUCAAGUCAUAUCCAGCGGAGCCAUGUUUCCAUGUCUCCAUGGUUACAUCAGCUAACAGGCUCUGUGUGACUGUGAGCAUUUCUCUCUUCUUCCUCUCUCUACAAUAAAAAACAAUCACUCAU